AUGGUGAAGGUCGUCAUCACCGGAGGAGCCGGCUUUGUGGCCGCGCAUCUCAUUAAGCGGCUUCAGGAGCAGUGUAGCGACGUUGUUGAUGAGAUUCACACGAUUGAUCGCAAACCAUUAGCUCAGAGCUUUAAUGGUAAGUUUGAGGCAAAAGGCAUAACUACUUUCUUUCAAAACAGAAAGUAUAAUUGCUGUAAUACUUGACUUUUACAAGUUUCAUGAAUUCUGUAAACUUAACUUGCUAUAGCUGGCAUUUCUGUAAUCUACCAUGCCAAAGACUUGAGCGACGACAUCCUUGACAACAUUUUCAAAGAUGCUUCAGUUGUGUUUCAUCUGGCACGGAAACAGUACGAACCUUUAAUGGGGAUAAACUACAAUGAACAGUACCAAAGAGACAACUUACAAGGUAUUAAAUUAAAUGUUAUUGACUUUUGUAUCAAAAUUUUUGAAUUUUUGUUGUCUUAAAAUAUACAAAUGAAUAACAUGACAUCACUUUAAUUAUCAAACAUGUUUCAGCUACAAAAAACGUCGUAGAUACAAUGAUACGACAAAAAGUGGGCAACAUAAUCUACAUGGGGGAUGCUUAUGCUAAUCUACCUGCUCGCGACAACUUUGGCAACUCAGAAGACGUGCACUCUGGAGAGCCUUCAUCGUACAUGUUGGGAGUGUACGGUGAAGCACGGACAAAGGCAGAAUUGUAUGUACGGAAUAGAAUCGGCCAAAAGUACGACGACAGUAAGUGUAAAUGUUAUAUUGUAGUAGGUUUAGACAAUAAACUGAACGGUGUGUGUUUCCGGCCGACGAUGAUCUACGGCGAGGGUUCUAGAAAGCUGGUUAACAUAGUAAAAGAAGUGGCAGAAGCUAAUAAUGGGGAGUUGGUGCAUGUGGAAGGUCCAUCCAAUGGCCUUAUGCAGUAUGUAAGUGGCCUUUUAGGUAUUAGUUUGUCUUAUGUUAUAGUAAGCUUGGAGGUGGUCGUUGUGAUUUGUUAUGUCUUACUGAUGUCAUGAUGUUGUUUCAGAUUUACGUAGGUAACUUGAUCAGGUAUAUGGAAGAAGCGAUGCGAGUGUUACUAAGUAAACCAUCAGACAUCAGUGGCCACUUCUUUUACUGUAUGGACAAAACUGAAGCCACGAGGUUUAAUGAUGUAAGUUUUAAAAAGUUUUUUUUUCAAAUCAGGAGGCUAUGGUUGUUUGAAUCUGAAAAUAAUAUAAACAUAAGUUUGCGUACGUAUUACGGUGUUACUACGCGUCGGCCGGAAGCGGAUUAAAUUGUUUUUAAAGUUUCUGGAACAGUUAUUAAUAGAAGGAAAGGCUGCCAUUUUAUAACAUAGCAUGUAUAAAAAACAUGUGACAUUACAAUUGAAUGCACUUUUAAGUCAGACAUAAUAUACAUGCGUAGGUAAACAGCUGUGAAAUAUUUAUAGGAAGAUACAAAACAAGUUUUGAAGUACUGUAGAUUUUGAUGUUUGUACUUGAAUUUUAUUUGAAUGGUACUAUUGAAGUGUUAAAAGUAUUACUUUUACUUAAAAUGAUUUAUGGAUAUAAUCAUUAAAUUUCAGAUGAUGUUUAGGUUGCUAGAACCAUCUGGUAUCAAAUUCGGUACAUCAUACAAUGUAAUAUCAUUAUACUUACGAACAGCAUUAGCCCAAACCAAACUCCGAUUGUUCGGUAUCAAGCCAGAUACAGCCAUGUACAACAUGGGAGCCCUAAGGCUGUUUGUGAUGUAUGCCAUUGGCUUCAGUAAUCGGAAACAAGCUCUCAUGUUCAAGACUCGACCUUAUAUUACUCAGGAAGAAGCAAUGGCACGAACUGCCAGUUGGAUCACUUCCAAAGACUUCAACAAUGCUACGACGACCGUGCCCCAGAAGGCGGAGAAACCGGUGUUCAGAAGAGGUUAA